AUGCGACCUGCAAAAGUGGCAAAUCAAACGGACCCACCUUUCCUCCCUCUUGAAGAAACUUUAUCCAAGAAAAAGAGCUCAGAGUUUUUGAAUCCCUCACUUGGAGAUGAUGUGGAGCAAAAGAAAAAGAAUGGAAGAACUCGUUGGCUACCAAAAUUGAGCGCAAGGAAGGUGGUUGCAGUUACAUUGGUUUUCCUCGUUUCAAUCGUUGUCUUCGAGUCCUUUUUCGUGAACCCAGAAGAUCGGUUAAUACAGCCAGAUUUCAGCGACAGAUUCCUGCAAUGGGUACAAUCGCAUCCUCGAUUGGGAUUGUGGGCCAUAUCUAUAGUAAUCGCUGCAGGAGUUGCGACAAUGGUUCCAGUUGGAACUCCACUUACAAUAGGUUGCGGCUACAUUUACAGAGGCCUGUACGGCUGGAAAUUAGGAAUGUUUGUUGCAACAGCUGUGAGUAUGACGGGAUCUUUACUUGGAGCUGUUAGCUGUUUCUUGAUCGGCCGCUAUUUGAUGAGGGAUACAGUACAAAAGUGGGUCCGGAAAUAUCCAUUGUUUGAUGCAAUUGAUGUCGCGGCUUCCAACGAAGGUUUCAAGAUAAUGUCCAUGCUCUAUCUGACGCCCGUGUUGCCGCUUGGGCUGGUUAGCUAUAUGUGUGGUACAACGUCUAUGCGCCUCGCCUCGUUCGCUACUGCAAAGAUUGCUUCGUUACCACUCUACCUGCUAUAUACUUUUAUUGGAGCGUCUGCCCAUUCCUUUAUGAAGCAUGGAGCCCCUGAAGGAAAUAAUGUUGCAUCAGCCCUCGAAGGAACCAAACAGAUUGAGGAAAAUCAAGGAAUUCUGCUUGCUGGCUUAGCGCUCUCAACUGUUAUGAUGACUCUCAUCACUAGACAUAUUCGCAAAGAGCUGAUGCAAAUUCUGGAAACCCAGAAGCGUGACAAGAACGAAAAGGAUGUGGAAAAUGGGGAAAAGCUAGCUGAAACUUCAGCAGAGGAGAGCGGAGUUGAAACGGGCUUAACUGCAAGACGCCGUGCGGUCAAAUAG